CCCAAAUGCAUUCCUGUUCUGCAUCCCUCUUCCUUCAUCUCACCAUUUCUCAAGCUGACAUACCCAAGUCUGAGAAUCUGUUGAAGCCCGAUACCAUGGCAGCUGCCGUUGCCAGUCCACCGAACACCAAUAGUGCUGCACUCGCACGACCUCAAUCCUCCAUGUCAAUGUCCAGUAUGACGUCUACAGCGAGGCGAGAACGUAAAGAGGGUGAUAUUGGAUCCGUCUUUGCUUCGCUCGCUGGAGAAGUCGAGGUAGAACUUCCAGAACGAUUCAAAGUGCUCAAACGGGAGAUGAUUGGAAACGAGACCAACCAAGCUGCGCUUCUUCGAUCGUGGAGUAGUUUGAUACAGAGGUUGGCGGAUGUGGCAGAUGAAGUCGAACGACGAAAACAAGAUUGUAUCCCCACUGCGACCUAUGACGAGCUCUUGAACCCAUCUACCCAGUUGAUAGAGUCGAUCAAGCGAUGUGGCACCGUGGUUGUGAAAGAUGUCGUAUCGGAGGAACAGGCUCUGACAUGGCUCGAUGAUAUAAAAAGCUACAUUCGAGCCAAUCCCAGCGUCAAAGGUUUCCCAGCGAAUGACAAGCAAGUUUUUGAACUGUACUGGUCUAAAUCUCAACUGGAAGCUCGAGCUCAUCCUCGAUCACUAGACAUUCAACGAGCUCUCUUAUCCAUCUUUUCCAAAUCAGACUCGACGCCCAUCUCGCUCGUCCCUUUGACAUACGCUGACCGACUCCGGAUCCGACAUCCUGGAGAUGCAAAGUUUGCUCUCGGACCUCAUAUGGACGGAGGAAGCGUUGAGCGAUGGGAGGAUCCAGCUUACAGGAAUGUAUAUGAGAAGAUCCUUCGAGGCGAUUGGGAGGAAUUCGAUGCGUGGGAGAUGGACUCUCGAGCGACGGCCGUUCAAAACAUGUACGAUGGUGCUGGAUCUUGUGGCGUCUUUCGAGCUUUCCAAGGAUGGACCUCGUUAUCUGACACCGGUCCAUCGGAAGGGACGUUGAAAGUCUAUCCAUACAUCAAGGAAAUGACGGCAUAUACUAUCCUGAGGCCAUUGUUCAGAGAAAAGUCACCGCGACACGCUUGCUCUACCCACUCUGCUUAUCUUGACGCAUCGAACUGGGAGCUCGACCUUGAGUCUUCAACCUUUCCCGGUUCUCCACUGGGCAGAGGGCACGAGUGCAACGACAAGACUCAUCCCCACCUCCAGCUCAAUCGAACAAUGACCAGUUUGCCGAGAGUCAGACCAGGAGAUCAAGCUUGGUGGCACGGAGACGCUAUUCACGCCGUCGAAUCUGUUCACCGUGGUUCGCGAGCUUCUUCCGUCAUGUACAUUCCCUCUGUCCCUCUCACUCUUACCAAUUUGGAAUAUUUGGCUCAGCAAAAGGAGACCUUCUUAGAAGGUCGACCAGGGCCUGAUUUCCCAGGUGGAGAAGGGGAGAGCGAGUUCCAGGGAAGAGGAGAAGAGAGUGAUUUGAAGACUGACGAGGCGAGACGCGGAAUGGGCUUUGAGCCAUUCAAGAUUGACGAGUCGAUGAGUGAAGGCGAAAAGCUAGUCAGGAGGCAAGCAAACGCGAUUCUUGGCUUUUGAUCUCCCGGUCGAGGCCGUCUAGCUUGGGUUCAAAAAAACUGCUUCUUCUUCUUGUAUUGACGCGU